AGAUCAAAGCAUUAUAACUGACGUGGCAUAGCGUCACGCGGAAUGGGCGGGGCCUAAUAUUGUCAACAUCCUGGUGACAUAACUAGCUGCUCCAAAAUGGCGGAGGUGGAUCACAGGGAAGGUCAGGACGACCCAGAGAGUGAGGAUGAGGUGUACGAGGUUGUGGACUUGACAGAGUAUGCCCGGAGGCACCAGUGGUGGAGCAGGGUGUUUGGCAACAACUCUGGCCCGAUCGCUGAGAAGUAUUCCGUGGCCACACAGAUCAUGAUGGGAGGGGUCACUGGAUGGUGUGCAGGUUACCUCUUUCAGAGAGUUGGGAAGAUUGCUGCUACUGCUGUUGGUGGAGGGUUCCUCUUGUUGCAGAUUGCCAAUCACAGCGGCUAUGUGCAGGUGGACUGGAAGAAAGUGGAAAAGGAUGUGAACAAAGCAAAGAAGCAUCUGAAGAAGAAAGCAAACAAAGCAGCUCCUGAAAUAAACUCUUUCAUUGAGGAGGUAAAGGCCACAGACUUUAUAAAGAGGAACAUCGUCGUGUCCAGCGGCUUCGUUGGCGGCUUUUUCCUGGGCCUGGCCUCUUAAAGCUGCUGAAAAUGCUGCAUUUACUGUGAAUCCACUCACUUCAUAGGAUAUUGUCAUUGCCAUCCCCCACCCCCCCCUCCUAUUAUUUACCUCUUUGCCCGAAGCGUGCAUUGCUUCUUCUUUUUCAUGAACUGAACAGGAGGUUUUUAGUCAAACACUAGAGCAUGAUGUAUCGUGACAGUGGUGUUAUCAUGCAACAUUGUUCCUCCUUCUCCUAUUCUUCAUUGCACCAGGCCUAGCUAAUUAUUUUCUGUGGGGGAGGACUGAGUGCACAUUUUGAAGCAGGGGUACAAUAGAGAAUCGGGGUCUUUGGAUUGUACUGUGAAAAUUCAUCUCUCACCUCUGCUGUUGGACCUAUUAUGGACUUGUGCCAGACUGCUGAGUAUGUCAAGCUGCCACAAACACUGGUUUCCUUUUGUGUUUUGAAAACUGAUUUGAGACUAGAUUGCCCAUCCCUUUGUCUGUAUUUUGCAGGCUGAUGCUGAUCUUAUAUCAGUGAAACUUAAUUAGCCUGUGUAGGCGCCUUUGUAAAUACAUAGCCAACCCCUGUGAACUGUAAAUACACACACAAGAGGAUGGCCGCAGGUUGCGAAGUCAUCACCAGCCCAGAUAACAUUUUGUUUUUCCUGCGGCUGCUAACUUUGUCUGUUUUACAAACCAUUUAAUCAGGUUGGCAGACACAGUUCAGACACUUUGGCAGGGGAUGAAAAAAAAGUUAGAUUUUCGCCCUGUAUGGGAGCUCUAACCAAUAUACAACACAUAUCAUAAGCUUAAAUGACAACUCUGAAUUAUGUGUAAAUUUUCUCUACUUAACACUGAGUACAAAGACUACUAAAUACAAAGAAGUAUUCUAUAUUCCUCAGCCCCAUGAUGCUCUUUAAUUAACGGACCAAUGUCUGCUGCACCCUCACGAGCCAAAUUCCAAAAGAGACACCAGUCAUGUUAUUAAAGGGCAUGAUGGAGCACUGGUCGUGAUUCCUGCACCUUUGCUUUUGUCAUUGUACAAUUAGAAGUGUUAGUGUAGCAAUAAGAGAACAGCGACGCUGCUGAGUCGUGUAAUCACAUAAAUCAUCUAGAUAGCACACGCAGUUACAAGUCCAGUUCAGUUGCUUGGGAGUUAUCGUUUGUUUUUGCCUUUAUCUAACAGUGCAAUAUGAUGUUUCAGCUUAACAGUGUUUCUGUUGAAGUGUCAAGUGUUUUUUGUAUGGUCAUACUCUCAUUUGUUUUUAUUGAAUUUCUUUACUUUGAUAACAUUAACUAAGCUGGAUGGAUUUGAUUGGUUGUCAAUUUUGAAAUAAAGUUGACUGGUUUGUUUUGAGUAACAGUA